AGAAAUUUUCUGAUGUCACCCCCGGUCCUCCGAAUCGCUGAUCCGUCUCGAUCGUUCGAAGUCUUGACGGACGCUAUCGAUUUCGCCAUCGGCGGGGUACUGUUACAGGAUUUUGGCGACGGCCUCCAACAAUUCGCGUACGAGUCCAGGAAAUUGCAGGCAGCCGAGCGCAACUAUCCCGUCCACGACAAAGAAAUGCUCGCCAUCGUACAUGCGUUCAAAGUGUGGCGCUGCUACCUGACGGGAACCGAUGUGACAGUACAGACAGACCACAAAUCCCUACACUACCUCUGCGCGCAGCCGAACCUCAACCCACGCCAGAUUCGCUGGCUGGAUUUCCUCGAGAGCAACUUCCACUACACCAUUUCGUACAAAGGUGGGGCGAAUAACAUCGCCGACGCACCGACACGACCCUAAGGGAAUUUAUUUCCUAAAAG